AGAAAAGUAAAUUAGAAUUUAAAUAUGGGCCUGUUAGAUUUUACGUUUAAGAUAUUAAUGAUUUGCGGGUGUUGGAUACCGGAUUCCUGGACAACACCGUACAAACGAUUAGUUUAUCAUGUGUACACAAUUUUUAUAAUGCUACUCAUACAUACGUUUAUGCUAUCGCAACUGAUGGAUCUAAUUUUAACCGUGGACAAUGCUGAGGAUUUUACUGAUAAUUUCUACAUGCUUCUCGCCAUGAUUGUUUCCUGUUGUAAGAUGUUCACCUUGCUGAUGAACCGCAGUAAUAUUACAAUGUUAAUCGAUAUUCUCACAAGAAAACCAUGUAGACCAGAUUAUUCUGACGAAAUCGAGAUUCAGCAGAAAUUUGAUAGACUUAUACAGACAAAUACACUUUACUAUGCAAUCCUGGUCGAGACAACGUGUAUAUGCAUUGCCGUGACAUCGUUGCUGACAGAGUUCAGUAAAGGAAGAUUGACAUUCAGAGCAUGGUUACCAUUCAACUAUACGUCGCCGUUACUGUUUCGCAUAGUAUAUAUACACCAGCUGAUAGGUUUAACUGCCGGCUCUGUUCUCCAUGUAGGUUGUGAUGGUCUGAUAUGUGGUCUGCUGGUGCAUGUUUGCUGUCAAAUUGAAAUAAUGGAAUGCCGUUUGAGAAAAAUCGGAAGCAAUCGAGAUAAUCUUCGCAAAUCCGUUCUUCAGCACAAUACUGUAUUCAAGCUUGCUCGCUUAAUAAAUGAAAAAUUUAGAUUGACUAUCGUUAUACAGUUUAUUGUGAGUACAUUGGUAAUGUGCUUUAAUCUAUAUCAAUUUACUAAAUCAACUGCAUCAAGAGCAAAAUAUAUGCAAUUAAUAAUGUAUAUGGGUUGCAUGCUGUCGCAAAUUUUCUUAUAUUGCUGGUAUGGAAACGAAGUUAAGUUGAAGAGUCGACAAUUGGUCAAUAACAUAUUUGAAAUGGAAUGGUUUGAACUCGAUAAUUAUACUAAACAAUCUUUAUUAAUGAUUAUGACACGUGGUACAAUACCAAUUGAGCUUACUAGUGCCUAUGUUAUCUCUAUGAAUCUCGACUCAUUUGUGCAUUUACUUAAAACAUCAUACUCAGCUUAUAACAUACUUCAGCAAAUGUAA